GGAACGGUAGGGUGCUCGGAGUGAGUGAGUGUGCAGAUAGAAAGAAGAUAAUAAUCAAAUCCAAAUAUCAAUAUCAAUAAAAUCACCACCGUCUGUCUUCUUCUCCGUCAACUUCUUUUCAGAUCACCCUUAAUUAAUGGGCCCCCGUCAGACCACCUACACCACCAAUCCAGACGACUACAACCUUCUAGAAGAAGUCGGUUACGGUGCCAGUGCCACCGUCUACCGCGCGAUCUAUCUUCCCUCCAAUGACGUCGUCGCCGUUAAGUGUCUGGAUCUCGAACGCAUCAACAGCAAUCUCGAUGAUAUUCGAAGGGAAGCCCAAACAAUGAGUUUGAUAGACCACCCUAAUGUGAUAAGAGCAUUUUGUUCAUUUGUUGUCAACCAAAAUCUUUGGGUGGUUAUGCCAUUCAUGGCCGAAGGUUCAUGUCUACAUCUUAUGAAAACAGCGUAUCCAGAUGGCUUUGAAGAAUCAGCGAUCGCAUCUAUUCUCAAAGAGACCCUUAAGGCUUUGGAGUAUUUGCAUCAACAUGGACACAUACACCGUGAUGUUAAGGCUGGAAAUAUACUUCUUGACACUAAUGGGGUGAUAAAGCUUGGGGACUUUGGUGUGUCAGCUUGUAUGUUUGAUAGAGGGGAUAGACAACGUUCUAGAAAUACUUUUGUAGGAACUCCUUGCUGGAUGGCACCAGAGGUGCUGCAACCAGGAAGUGGAUAUGAUUUCAAGGCUGACAUUUGGUCGUUUGGAAUUACCGCACUUGAGUUGGCUCAUGGUCACGCCCCUUUCUCAAAGUAUCCUCCAAUGAAGGUUCUCUUGAUGACUAUUCAAAAUGCACCCCCUGGACUUGAUUACGAUCGGGAUAAACGGUUUUCUAAGUCUUUUAAAGAGUUGGUUGCGAUGUGUUUGGUGAAAGAUCAAACAAAAAGGCCAACUGCUGAGAAGUUGUUAAAACAUUCUUUUUUUAAACAAGCAAAACCACCAGAGCUCUCUGUAAAGAAGCUUUUUGCUGACUUGCCGCCACUGUGGCACCGUGUGAAAGCUCUCCAGAUUAAAGAUGCUGCCCAGCUAGCUCUUAAGAAGAUGCCGUCAGCAGAACAAGAAGCCAUAUCACAGAGCGAGUACCAGCGAGGCGUUAGUGCCUGGAACUUUGACAUUCAAGAUCUAAAAUUCAAAGCCUCCUUGGUGCAAGAUGAUGACGAAAAUCAAGAUGCCAAAGAAGAUGACGCGCAUGCUACUUCAUCUGCCAAUCACGAUGCAUCCGGUUCAAAGGCUACACCUGGCGAACUAAACUCCACAAGCGAGAUUGUUUCAAGUGAUGAGGUGGUCCCGUCUGAAUCCCCGAGCAAUGAGAGAAAUACUCCGGAAAGUGAUACGUCAGACGGUAAUAAAGGGAACACUCUAGAAAACAACAGAACAAAAACCGAGCAACUCCCAUCUACCUCAGAUAAAGAUGCAAUUCCAGCUAAAACUAGAAUUUUAACGGGAAGAAAUCGACAAACGCAAAGUGGGCCCCUAGUGGCGGGUGUGGUCUUAAAUCAUUCUAAAUUAGAAAGAACUCGUACUUUAGAGAGGUCUGACAAUGAAAGCUCACAAGCAAUCGAUAAAAAACAUCUGGUAAGGAGAGCUCCCAGUUUUAGUGGUCCUUUGAAUCUUCCAAACCGCGCUUCGGGAAACAGUUUAUCUGCUCCAAUAAAACCAACAGGAGGAUACAGGGAAUCAUUGGAUGAAAAAUCAAAAGCAAAUUUAGUACAAAUAAAAGGACGGUUUUCUGUGACAUCUGAAGAUCUUGAUCUUGUAAAGGAUAUUCCGAUAUGUACAGUCCCCCGACGAUCGCCUCAGGACUCAUCACUGAGGAAGUCUGCAAGUGUGGGUGACUGGAUAUACGAUUCAAAUAAAAUGCCUAUCCCUAGGGAGAACAAUAGCAGUUCUGUACAUAGCAAUUUACCUGCAUCAUUCCUAAUGCCACACCUUCAAAACCUUUUUCAACAUACAUCACUUCAACAGGAUCUUAUUUUGAAUUUGUUGAAUAGCUUACAACCAGCUGAGGUGGCAGAGGCUUCUCAAAAUGGGAAAUUGCCCCCAUUGCCUCGCACUCCCGAGAACAACGGAUCUGUUGAAGUUUCUGAUAGAGAACGUUUACUGCUUACCAAGGUUUCUGAGCUACAAUCCAGGUUAACUACCUUGACCGAGGAAUUGACUGCAGAAAAGUUAAAAUACUUACAAUUGCAAGAGCGAGUUGAUGCAAUAACAAGUCGGGAAGAUGGGCAGAAAGGUGAAGCUGAUGCUUGAUACACUCGUGGAAAUAAUGCUGUAUAUUCUGUGGUACUUAAAAUCAAGAAAAUUGGGUGAUCUUCCUCAGCUGUGUAAUAAGUUUUGUUUAAAGAUUUCCCGAUCUUGAAAUGCCAAAAAAA